UAUAUGAGGUGGAAACCGAAACUCCUGUAUUAUGGAUAUCGAGAUCAAGCCUUCUUCUACUCAGUUUCUUAAUCUCAAGAUUAAUAUUAUCUGUAUUUGAUAUCCAGGAAAAUAUUUAAAAUUUAACCAAUCAGAGUGCCGAACAGAAACCGAACAGCCAAUCAGAAGCUGGAAAAUUUUGCGUAUUCAAUGAGAGAACUCUUAUUGGUCGGAACCCAGCAAAGAUAUCUAAAGAUCAAGGUUUUCUAAGCCAAACAUUUAAAACUCUGAAGAAACAAAUAAUACGUUGUUAAAGGGAUAGUUCACCUAUUUGUAAUUAAAUAUAAAACCAUAACUUUUCUUCGUAACAUCUAACUGACUAAAAGUAUUUUGAAAUUAAGUAAAUUUUUCUUUUGACUUCGUGCAAGACGUUCUUGCGUAGUGUUAAAAACUUAAAGGGUUAGUUGAACAUUUUCUAGUUACUACGAGGUAUGUUCAAUAAGUUUUGCAAACAAAAUUUUAAAGGUAUUUCUUGACGUUUUUUUCAAAUCUUACUGUAUCCAUCCUGGUUGUCUUCUUCCAGCGGACUUUAUACAAUAAACUUUUUAUUUUUAUCUAAUCCGCCUUUUCCCGGAGGUUGUCUAACUCCUUUGUCACAGCACUGGAAUGUUUUAUAUAUUAUCAACCAGAGAAAGAGGGUACUUGGGAUGCCUGAUACACAAUAAAAUCGUGCUUGAAACUUUCCAAAAAUAAAGCAGACACCCUUCACAUGAUCCAAAGUGCAUUAGAGGAGAAUAAUCAUGGACACGGCAAGUGGACUAAAAGGGAAAAAGUUUAAUGUGAGCAGAACGAGGACAUGUCUGAGCAGAAAAAAAUCCAUAAAAACCCCAGAAACAGUCCUCGACAUAAUUGAAAGUUUCUCAAACCAAAUUCGCAAGGAUUCUUUGUUGAUGAUUUUUGAUGAGAUUGACAUCUACUAUGGGGCUCCAAACAAAGUUGAAAAGCAAGAUUUGAAAAAUGACAAAGAUUUGGACAACAUUUACUUCAAAGAGAAAAACGGGUUCGAGAAGGAAACAAAACGGAAAAUUGCAAAUGAAAAGGAGCGACUUCGCAUGAUCAAAGUGAAUGCUGCUUAUGAUAAAUUGAACAAUCUCAUUUACAAAAGGAAGCUUUAUUCAGCCUACCAUGGCAGUACCAUCUUCAUGAGUCAAGACCGAUUAUUAAUCGAUGGUGUGAUAAAAAAUAUAGUAAGGUUAAGAUUCUUCAAGCUACCAUUGCAUAUAUAGCUACACUACAAACUAUUUUAGGAACCGAUACAUUAAUGCAAGAGAGAGAAGAGAAUAAUAUCCAUGAUGAAGAUGAAAACAUUUUAAAUUUAUAAAUGUAAAUAAAUAAAACAAAAAUAAAAUGUUUUGAAAACAG